GCUAAAAUUAUUCAACUUUCGGAUCAGUUUACUUCGGUCAGGUCAUCGCAAAAGUAUGCAACUGUUUCUACUGUUAUUAUGCGUAACCUUCCAGCUCGGCUGGGGUCAGAUUAGUCCCCACUCUGAGGUAGUUCGCCGGCUUGAGGGCAUACCGUUGGCGUUGGUGACCUUCCUCGGAGAGUACAGAUCACGGAACGAUACCGACGCUGGAGAAUCUUGGCAGGACAAGUUGUGCGAACAUGAUCUGGAACAGUUUGGAGCGGCGUUGGAACGCAGCGAGUCGUGGGCUUUGGAGAUGUACGAUUCCUGGGGCAAAAUACCUUCGGGUCUACUGCAGGGUAACUUCUUCACGCCAGGUAGCUUCGUGCAGUGUAGACGCUUCGGCAUCCAGAACAGCGCUGGGGUAUUCCAGGGGCAACACUGCACCGUACAGCUGGGCAUUACGGCGGGAUCACCUAUGAUUCCACUGUGGCUGGGGAUCUGCGUACCGGACUCUUGCGAGGCUCCGUUCGUGCGUGAUUUGACCAAUCAGUUUGCUGCGCAAAGCGGGUUGGCUCCUAUCGGAUUCGCCAACCAGGCAAACUUCUGUUAUCGUGGUGAACCGAAGGAGCAGUUUAGUGGGACUGCAAUCAGUGCAAUGGUCAUAUUCGGACUACUUGCAGCUGUUGUUAUCGCAUGCACCGUUGUGGACGUUUUUGGGGUUCUCUUCCUGCGUCCAGUUCCGGCACAGUUCCGAGAAUACUCGUUGUAUAGUAAUCUGUUAGCGGUGAUGAAAACCGUUCCAAGAUCGCUUGAGAAAUCGGAUACCAUUGACUGCGUGAACGGAAUUCGGUCCGUAAUGAUGCUGCAAAUUGUAGCCCACCACGUGCAUGACACCUUGCGUGCGAUUCCCGUGACGAAUCAAGUAGUGAGACAAGAAUACUUUCAGUCUGUUAUGGGAAUUCUGGGAUUCCGAGCAUCGGCCUUGUCGGUGGACAUUUUCUUAGUUCUCAGUGCAACGUUGCUGUCCUAUGGGGUUAUGAAAGAAUUAUCUACCACGAGCAAGUUGAAUGUCUGUAAGCUGUGGAUCCACCGAAUUGUUCGGAUUCUUCCGGCUUAUGCACUUCUAAUUUAUUUCGUAGUAGCUUUCGGGGAGCACUUCGGCGAAGGACCACUAUACCGAUACAUGAUUCAACCGGCUGUCAACGCAUGCUCAGACAACUGGUGGUCGGCGAUUCUCUUCGUCCAGAACUAUGUGAAUCCUGAACGGAUGUGUCUCCCGUACACGUACUACUUGUCCAUCGACAUGCAGCUCUACCUGGUAUCGCCCCUGAUCAUCUACUUCCUGUGGCGUUACGGAUCCCGUUCGCUCACCGGAGUGGCCCUUCUGGUACUGCUCUCCAUGACCUGCGUAUUCGCGACUUUCCUGCACAACGACUACCGUUUGAACCCCCCGAUGAACCCCGAACGUGAGUUCCAGCGAGCUCGUGCCACCUACUACGCCACCCACGCCCGGAUGUCCGUUUGGUUCUGCGGAAUCGCCUUCGGAUACUUUCUCUUCCGAACUCGGGAAGCGCAGGUCAAGUGGCCCGUCUGGAUUCUGACGGCGGGAUCGAUAACCGCUACGGCGUUGACCGCCGUGAUAAACUUUGCCGUGCACGAAAUCUACAAACCAAGGCAAGCCGCCCCAGUUGGGGAUGCCUUCUACGAAGCGUUGCACCGCGUCGGUUGGGUCGUCUGUAUCAUGUGGUUGAUCUUCAUGUGCGUCAACGGCUACGGAAGCCUGCUGAACGAUCUGUUCAGCUGGACGUUUUGGCAACCGCUGGCCAAGCUGUCGUACUGCAUGUAUCUGCUGCAUUUUGUCGUGAUUAUGGUCACCUUCGGAGGAGUGCUUCGGCAGCCGUUCUACUUUAGCGAAAUCAACCUGCAGUACGUAACGCUGGGGGUGGUAGGUUUAUCGGUGGUGGUUUCACUUCUGUGGACACUCUUCAUCGAGCGACCGUUCAUCGCGUUGGAGCGGAACGUCAGAAUGUGGAUUGAAGAAAAAUCGAAACAAUAAAGCAUUA